UGGAGUGACGACUCGCAACCUAGCGCCAAAGGAUAUUAAAUUUGGAGACCACCGUUUCGCCUUCGCGCGAGGGAGAACAAUGGAACACCGGCAAAGUACAGUAUCUUCAGCGUAUAAGCGACCAUCUCUGAAAUCCAAUUCUCAAUUCAACAAAUCUCGCAUCUGGAAAGACAAGUUGAGGGAAAAUUGCUACAAAAGGGUACGAGAGGGCCGGACUCGCUUACUCUGGAAAAUGAGAAUAGCUACUUCUCAGUCAUGCAAGCAAAAUCAAGAGGAUAUAAUCAGAUCUGCACUCCAGGAUAUUGUAUCUGAUGAACUUAAGAAAAUGAAGGAAUUGUCAUUUUAUAACCCAUCUAAGAAUCCAACUUCUGAUUCUGAGCUUGACGACAUCCUAUGGGAAUACGAUGGUGUUCAUACUACUUACCAGGGUGAAUGUGAAGAGAUGCUGCUCGAAAUGCAAAGGAUAUUUUAUGAGGAUCUAAAAGCUGAACCAAAUAUAGAAGCCAUCGAUUGCAUAAGUGAAACAUGGCAAGAUGAAGAAGAUGAGUUCUUGGCUUGUGCACUUUUUGAGCAUAUGCAACUAAAUUCAGAGGAGACACAAAGACAAGAGAUCUGGUGCCCUAUUUGCAAACAAGGAGAGCUUAAAGAGAAUCGUGAUCUUAUAUACUGCACCCGUUGUGAACUUCGACUAAGUAAAGCCAAUGAGCUUACUUUGGACUUCUUGCGAGGUCGACUAGCUGAUGCUUAUACUGAGCAUUUUAACAAAGGCUGCAGAUUGAAGCCCAAAUUUUGUCUGGAGACAAGAUUUAAUUUAACAGCAUUGUAUAUUUCAUGUGAAGGUUGUGAUACAUUUGAAAUUGUAAUUUAAAAUUAUUGUUGAAGUUUUUUUUUUAAAAAUAAUUUGGGUCUGUUUAGGUUUGGCUCAAUGAGUUAAUUGUAAUUCUUCCUAUUCCUAUCCCCAAGAAGGAUCCUAAUCUCCCUAGUGUUUGAAAGUAGUUUGUAAGUUCUAAUAUGAAGAUAGAUUAUAAAAUUGUG